AGCCAGAGGGAGCGGCUGUGCCAGAGACAAGCAAACAGCUAUUAGGGCUCAAGGCUGUGGGCGGGGAGAGGGAGCCCUCAGUGAACAGCGGCAGUGAGUUCCUGGGAGAGAGACAGAGAGAGAGAGAGAGCCCAGGAGCAUCCCCAAGAGAUCUGGCCCUUCUUCAGAAGCUAACCCUGCGCUGCCAACCCCCAUCCAGGGGGCUCAGCAGCCCAGCCCUGCCUGGCCUGCCGCUCACCUCCUCCAGGGGAGCUGCUGCUGUGGCCAACGUUGCUGGGGGUGGGGAGGGCAUCCCUUCUUCCCUUGCAUCAUGGCCGUGUACCGCGUGUGUGUGACCACUGGUCCCUACCUGAUGGCCGGCACAUUGGACAACAUCUUGGUCACACUGGUGGGCACGUGUGGUGAAAGCCCGAAGCAGCUGCUGGAUCGAGUGGGCAGGGACCUCGCCACUGGAUCGGUGCAGAAGUACAAGGUACGCUGCUCAGCAGAGCUGGGUGAGCUCCUGCUGCUGCGUCUACACAAGGAGCGCUAUGCUUUCUUCCCCAAGGACUCCUGGUACUGCAGUCGCAUCUGUGUCACUGCCCCUGAUGGUACCCUUUCCCACUUCCCCUGCUAUCAGUGGAUUGAGGGCUUCUGCACCAUAGAGCUGCGACCUGGAACAGCAAGAACUAUUUGUCAGGACUCCCUUCCCCUCCUUCUGGAUCAUAGGAAUCGGGAACUCCAGGCCCGACAGGAAUGCUACCGCUGGAAAGUCUAUGCCCCUGGCCUCCCUGGCAUUGUGGAUGUCAGCAGCUUUGAGGAGAUGGAGUCAGACAAGAAAUUUGCCUUGACCAAGAGGACACCUUGUGCAGACCAGGGAGACAGUGGUGGGAACCAGUACCUGCCUGGCUUCCCCAUGAAAAUUGACAUCCCAUCCCUGCUGCACAUGGAACCCAAUAUUCGCUACUCAACCACAAAGAUGACCUCGCUGCUCUUCAAUGCCAUCCCUGCGUCCUUGGGCAUGAAGCUUCGAGGGCUGCUAGACCGCAAAGGCUCUUGGAAGAAGCUGGAUGACAUCCGUAACAUCUUCUGGUGCCACAAGACCUUCACCUCAGAGUAUGUCACAGAGCACUGGUAUGAGGACUGCUUCUUUGGGUACCAGUACCUGAAUGGUGUCAAUCCUGUCAUGCUCCAUUGCCUCUCCAGCUUGCCCAGCAAACUGCCUGUCACCAAUGAUAUGGUGGCCCCUUUACUGGGACCAGGAACCUGCCUGCAGACAGAGCUAGAGAGGGGGAACAUCUUCAUGGCGGACUAUUGGAUCCUGGCGGAGGCCCCGGUCCACUGCCUCAACGGCCGCAAGCAGUACGUGGCCGCCCCACUCUGCCUGUUGUGGCUCAAUCCCCAGGGGGCGCUGGUGCCCUUGGCCAUCCAGCUCAGCCAGACCCCAGGGCCAGAUAACCCCAUUUUUCUGCCCACUGACUCUGACUGGGACUGGCUGCUGGCCAAGACGUGGGUGCGCAACUCUGAGUUCCUGGUGCACGAGAACAACACGCACUUUUUGUGCACGCAUUUACUGUGCGAGGCCUUCGCCAUGGCCACGCUGCGUCAGUUACCUCUCUGCCAUCCUAUCUAUAAGCUCCUGCUUCCCCACACUAGAUACACGCUGCAGGUGAACACCAUCGCGCGGGCCACGCUACUCAACCCUGAAGGCCUAGUGGACAAGGUCACGUCCAUCGGGAGGCAAGGCCUUCUCUACCUCAUAAGCACGGGUCUGGCCCACUUCACCUACACCAAUUUCUGCCUUCCGGACAGCCUGCGGGCCCGCGGUGUCCUGGCCAUCCCCAACUACUAUUACCGAGACGACGGCCUUAAGAUCUGGGCGGCCAUUGAGAGCUUUGUCUCAGAAAUCGUGGGCUACUAUUAUCCCAGCGAUGCGUCUGUGCAGCAGGACACGGAGCUGCAGGCCUGGGUUGGCGAGAUUUUUGCUCAGGCGUUCCUGGGCCGGGAAAGCUCAGGCUUCCCACGCCGGCUAUGCACCCCAGGAGAGCUGGCGAAGUUCCUCACUGCAGUCAUCUUCAACUGCUCGGCACAGCAUGCCGCUGUCAACAGUGGGCAGCACGACUUUGGGUCCUGGAUGCCCAAUGCCCCAUCAUCCAUGAGGCAGCCGCCACCCCAGACCAAGGGGACCACCACCUUGAAGAGUUACCUGGAUACUCUCCCAGAAGUGAAUACCACCUGUAACAACCUUCUCCUCUUCUGGUUGGUCAGCCAAGAGCCUAAGGACCAGCGGCCACUGGGCACCUACCCGGACGAACACUUCACGGAGGAGGCCCCGCGACGGAGCAUCGCCGCCUUCCAGAGCCGCCUGGCCCAGAUCUCGCGGGACAUCCGGGAGCGGAACCGGGGCCUGGCCCUGCCCUAUGCCUACCUGGACCCUCCCCUCAUCGAGAACAGCGUAUCCAUUUAACCCCCUCCACCUGUCACCCUAGGAGAAAAGCCCAAGAAUGAGGAGGGCCAUCUUCUGAGGGUCCUCCAGGCCCUUCUGUCCUCCUUGUUUCCAGUCAGCCUGAACCUUCUCUGCACGUGGGGACCUUUUCCACCCAACAGUGCUUUAGCGUCAUACAAACUGGGCCUGAGCCGCGGGAGACUAGUGCACCAGUGCCCAGGAUGAGAGGCCACUGGCUAAAGUCAAAUGCACAACAGGCCCUCCCAAAGGAAGGAACCCCAUCACCUCUGCCCUACUUUGGGCAACUUCUGUGAAAAUCUACCUCCUCCCAUUGGGACUCCCAGCUUGGGAGCUCUCCUUCCUACCCCCAAACUCUUUCUUGUACCUCUCCACUUUGUUCCCACUUUCUCCAAGCCUAGGACCAACCAAACCAACUUGCUUCUCUGAAAGUGCCUGGAAACUGGACAGGAAAGAAUAUGCACCCUGGAUCUGCCAUGUGGUCCCCUUUGAACCUAGCAUCUUUAAGGGGAGGGUUAGAAUUAGAGCCCAGUUUACCUGGACCUCUAGCUGAAGUUCUCAGGGUCAGGCUCCCUGGCCUGGGUAUGUGGGGGCUGUCUCCCCAGCUUGUGUCUUAUCUAUCAUCACCCCUCUUUUUUUGUCCUUGAGCCCAAUGAGUUCAAUAAAAACUAACAUAUUUGGCUCCCAUU